AUGGCUAUCAUGAUAGAGAAAUCUCCCCCAUUUGCCGUUCAACUGCCUAGGCAAGUCGACGACGAAGCCACGAGAGGAGGGGGAGGCGCGAUAUGCUUGGACAGGAUCUUGCCAGCAACCAUUCGAUCUAGAAGCGACGAAAUACUCAACCCGAUCAGCAACAUGGAGGAGUUCUUGCGUCAGGAGCUUUUGGUGAGAAAGAUCAAUGCCGUGCAGGACUGGUUAUGGGCCUGCGGUCGACCCAUGCCUCCUCGCCCUCUUCAUCACCAACUCGUGCUCUCCCGCGAGAUCGUCGUUACUGAGAAUCCGGAGCUGCAUCUCAUCUGGGGUCCCAAGGGCAUUCACCUGAAGCCUCUGCCAGAGUAUCUACUAGACAUCGGAUUCUGGAGACAGCACAUUCUGCCCGACAGUCAUCCACUACACGCCGAGGUAGAACAAUGUGCCAGGGGGUUUCUAUUCUCCUACUGCGCUCUCAUUGCGCACUACAGCGACUUUCGCCUCGCACGUGAGAAGGGACUCUUGCCGGAUAUUGUAUCUUGGGAGUACUGGAAGAUAUUGUCCAGUCAAGUCCUGGAGAAUCACUGCUAUUCUGCUGUCAAUCCCCGCUACUGGUACGGCGAGCUGCGCCUAGGACGCUUGAACAAGAUUUACCGGUUUCGAAAGGGCCACCUUUUGAGAGGCUAUUCUCGAAUCUCUGGCUACGCCAUCUACGGAGACCUUAUCCGCGACAACUUUGCGUCCCUGGUGACAGUGCUCGGCUACAUUGCCAUCGUCUUGACAGCAAUGCAAGUCGGCCUCGCAACGGACAAGCUGGUCUCCAACAGUGCUUUCCAGGCUGCAAGCUACGGUCUCACCGUGUUUUCAAUCAUUGCGCCACUGAUUUCGGCUGCCGCCAUCAUGUUUUUCGUCUCCCUGUGGGUUGUUGCCAAUUGGCGUGCCACUACGGCCUUCGAGAAAAGGAGAUUCGCGGAGAUGGGAGUAGAACCAUAUUGGCGGGAGAAAUAUCAAUGA